UCAUCCGGAGCAAGUAAUGACAAAACUAUUAAGCCGUCAUUGAAACGACGUCGUCUGCUUGGAAAUUGCCGCCUGCCUGUUGGGGCCCACCGCACAAAACGGUGACGUACCGACACGUCCUCCAUAGCUACCGUGACGUACAACAUUACAUCACAGGCGUUGACGUUAGAAUCUACCCCACCACAAUCCCCAUUUUGCCCCUCAGCCCCCCCGCUAUAACUAUCCCCCAAACCCUCACAAUUUAUUCUCCCCCUCCUCUUUCACCCCCAAAUUAAAAACCAAAUCCCUAACAAUGCAACAGGCUCUGCCCUACCGGAAUUUCCUCCCCGCCGUCAUCGGAAACUCGCCGACGGCGACAAGUUCCUCCACCGGCGGCGUGGCGGCGAUCAGCGACGCAGCAAGCGUGAAGAAAUUGGUGGAGGAGAAUGCUGUGGCGGUGUUCGCGCGGCGGGGAUGCUGUAUGUGCCACGUCGUCAAGCUGCUCCUCCACGGCCACGGCGUUAGUCCGGCGAUCUUCGACGUCGAUGAUCAGAAUGAAGGCGAUGUCGCCGAUGAGUUGUCGAAAAUCAUCGGCGCGUCGGGGAACUCCGCCGCGCCGAAAUUCCCUGCGGUAUUCGUCGGCGGCGAAUUGUUUGGUGGACUGGAGGAUAUUAUGGGCGCUCAUAUUUCCGGCGAGUUGGUUCCCCGGCUGAGGGAAGCUAGGGCUCUGUGGCUUUGACUCAGUCCAAUUUUUGUUUUCAUUUUAUUAUAUUUUGAUGUAAUUUCGGAAUUGGGAGGCUUUACUAGAUUAAAUUACGGUGGAUUAAAUUUUAUUUUGUAAAUUAUUAUAGCAGCUGAUCACUCUUUUCUCUUUUGUUAGCGUUUAAAUAUAUAUAUAUAUAUUUAGACUGUUUGUUUGGGGUUUAAA